CCAGACUGCUCUCAAACUUCAGGCUCGAUCAGCCACAGAGCUGGUUAUAAUUUUUAAUAACUGAAAAUGAACAGCCUGCUUAUAUUCACAUGUGUAUCUGUCAUUCUGAUUAACGGGUUAAUUGUUCGUGGUCCCUCUGGUCCUCUGGUUGCUCCUCUGGGAUCUUCAGUGGUUUUGCCCUGUAAUGUUGAUGAACUCUUACUAAUGAAGAAUCUAGAGGUGGAAUGGAGAAGAACAGACACAGAGACUCUAGUUCAUCUGUAUCAAGAUGGUGAGAGCCGACCAGCGUCCCAGCAGCAGGAUUAUCAUGAUAGAGCUCAUUUCUUUACUGAUCAGAUUCAACAUGGAAACUACUCCCUCCGUCUGGACAAUCUGAUGCCUGAAGAUGAGGGACAGUACACCUGCAAAGUUUCCAGUCAACAGAAUUUUGGUGAGAUUGUGGUUGAAAUAAAAUAUGUUGAGCGUUUGCUAGUAUCAGGAUCAGAUCAGUACCUGUCUGCAUAUGAUGGCAAGGACGUCACUCUGAACUGCUCUGUAGACUCUCACAUCACACCUGAACACAUUGAAGAGGUUUCAUGGAAGAAAACAGAUGAAGAUGAAGAUAUUCUAGUUCUUCUGUACCAAAACAAUCAGACUUUUCCAGAUGCAUCACAUGAGAGAUACAGAGACAGAGUCGAGUUCUUCACUGCUGAAAUCCCCAAAGGAAACUUCUCUCUCAGACUGAAGAGUGUCAGAACUGAAGAUAAAGGAGUUUACUUGUGUCGAGUGUUUGCUGGACGACUUUCAGCCAAUGCAACAGUAGUACUGGAGAGACUGGGUUUCUCUGUUUCACACAUAAUGGUGUUGAUACUCUGUAUUUCUGCAUCUGGAUCUGCCCUCCUGCUCUGCUGUCUGAUCUACUGCAGAUCAUCUAAUGAAGGCACAACUCUGAAACUUCAAGUUUUGCUUGUCAUCUGUCCAAACAUGACUGUGUUUUUUACCUUCAUCUUUUGGGGUUUCACUGAAAGAUUUUGGAAUGAGAUCAUCAUUUGCUGUGCUCUUUAUAUUCUGAGGCCUCUUAUGUUGUUGAAUACUGCUCCAUAUCUAAGUAGUCUUCCAAGCAUUAGAAGAUGGAUUAAGCUUGUGAGUGUUGCUGUUGAAUAUGCUGUUUUUUCAAUAGUUUUUUAUACAGUUCUCUUUGUACGUAUUUGGGGAAUGAGUCUAAGUUAUGACGCAGAAGACAGAAACAUCAUAACAGGCAUCUUUGCAGUGGUGCUUCUGAUGUAUUCCUGCAUUGUAAUUAAAGGACUCGCUGCUUUCAGAGAUCAAAAGACAUCUGAAAAGGACCAGCUGUGUGAAAAGAUUAUUAGUAAAUUAAUAGCUAUAGCUGAUUUAUGCUAUUAUAUUGUACCUUCAAUGCAAUUUAUUCUCUUGUGUUAUACAUUUGGAGCAUCAAGAGGUGGGUUCUUAGUUUUGGGACCUUUAGUUAUGGUGACAGUAUUCAGUUGGCAAUAUGUAUGUGGGAUAAAUUUCAGGUGUAACCCACUCACAUGGAGGACAAUAUGGUUAUUUUUCAUGUUUGUGUCAAGUUUAGUAAUGGUCUACUUUUACCUUACAACAAUGAAAAGUGAAAAAGAUUACAUUGAAUGGGCCUGCAUGGCUGGGUUUCUCCAUUUAUUAUGGGCAAUGACAUACCUCCCAUAUAUAUUAGAUGAUAUGGAUUAUCCUCGUAAAGUCUCAGUGUAUUUGUUUGGAUCAGUCGGUGUUGUCGUAGUAAACUCUGUUGUAAUGAUGACAGAACUGAUACUGAAAACAGUAAAUGGUAAACGCACAGUGUGGGAUCUGAGAAUCAUUGUCUUUCCAUCUGAAAGUGCCUUUGUCUUAUUUGGGAUGGCUGCACACUUUUUUAAGUUAUGGAUUUCAAAGAUGAAGUGUUUGCAGUGUUGUCAGGAAGCAGUAAGGUCUAAUGACCUUCCAUUUACCAGAUCAAACCAGAACCAGGAUUCUGAGAAUGCAGAAGGGUGUGAAGAAACUUCUUUCAGUGGAUCAAACCUAAACCAGAAAACAGAGGAAUCACAUGAUUCAUGUGGUACCAUCAUUUACUGAACUUAGUGAUACUGAGAAAAUGCCCUUCAUACUUGGAGAAGAUGAUAACACAGCUGCACUAGCUGCACAAUUUUCAUUACCCUUACAAACAAGACUUUUUUUCAAGCGUGUUAUAUACUUCUUUCAAGCUAAACGUUUUAGUCUACUUGUAUGUACUUUUCAGAAAGGUGUCAUGUACUUCUAAGAAAUAUACUUGUACCUUAUUUUAAGAGUUUUAUUACUUUAUUCUGAAUUAAGUAUUUUUUUGUAAUUUUACGGUAAAAUGCUGGCAGCAGGGUUUCCAGCAGUGUUCUGUAAUUUUACAGUUUCAUUACUGUAUUCUGCAACAAUUUUGCCUAUCAUUAGCUUUAUAAUAAAUAUCUGUACAACAAAUGCACAAACUGGCAUUGUAAUUUCAUUCAAAAAAGUGGCAAAAAAUA